AUGAUAACGGCCAACGCUAGGACGGUGGAGGAGGAUGUUAUGAUGGAAGUCCCUAGGGAUUUUCAACCUUUCUCGGAAGCCAUAGAGGCCGAGACCAUCCCGAGGGAUCAUCGGGUUCCCCAGGUCGAGCCUUUCGAUGGAACUCAGGAUCCCAGUCAUCACUUCACGAAUUUUCGUGCUCAAAUGCUGAUUUGUGGAGGGAGUAUGGAAGUCCGCUACAAGAUGUUCAUGGGCACACUCAAAAAGGCAGCACUUGACUGGUUUAGUGGUCUCCCUGACCGAUCAAUCACCGACUUCAAUGUCUUUAGUCGACUCUUCAUGGAACAGUUCGCCGCUAACAAGAAGAAACCACCGAUCACGUUGGACUUGUUCGACCUCAAGCAGCAAUGCGAGGAGUCGCUGAAGGACUUUCUGCAAAGGUUCAACGAGGUCGCAUUGAGGAUAGCGUCAUUGUAUGAAAGGAUGACAGUCAUCGCAUUCCAAAAGGGUCUAAGGUCUGGAGCUUUCGACAUCGCGCUGGAGAGAGCGAAUUGUCAAACGAUGUCGGAGGUGAGAGUUUUCUCCCUGAGUCACAUCAAGACGGAGGAAGGACAAAUUAACAAAAGGGCAGUGGAAAACUAA